UAGCACUCUUCAGUGUGAGAUUGAAUGUAUAAGUUAUGCCCCUACAUGGUGUCCAUGCAGUUCCAUUCCGAUGUAUUUUCAUGAUCAUGACUCUACGAGUUCAUUUCUUAACAUAUAUCAAAGUUUAUACAAAGGUCGUGUAAGAAAAUACCAUCCAAGAAUUGGUAUUUCAGGAUCCAAAGGUCAACACCAAGGUCACUGUUAUCUUUUAAAGGUCAACCACAAGAAUUGGGCCCAGGGAACAAUCAUGUCCUACAACUGGUUCUAGUUUUAUCCAUGCUCAGAAUUUCCUGGCUCAAACGCAACCCUUAGAGCUGCCGAUCCAUGUUUGUUGAAAAGCCUUCCUUCCAAGUUACUUUUGUUUGACUCUUUCUGUACCGCAAAUCCGGUUUGGAUUCCGUACCGGUUGUCCUUGCUAGGCUUACUAGAGUGUGGAACCCUCCUAAUGGUACAGCCGAGAGAUUCUAAUCCCACACUGCCUAGCCAAUAAUGCCGGAGGCAGGUGCAGUCAUGAUGGACACAGAGCCAGGUGACUGUGAACCUGUCCAGCUACAACCGUUUAUCCACCAGGUGGGAGGCCACACUAGCAUGCUACGAUUCAACGACGACACACUCUGCAAGCCACUAAUCGCACGUGAACAGGUCUUCUACCAGGCCAUUCCAUGUGGUCUAAAGCAGUUCACUCCCCAGUACAGAGGGGUGAUAGAGGUCCAGCUACACGAGGACAGUGAAGGCUACAUCACACUGAUUGGCUACCCUCCCGAGGGUGGUGGCAAAGUCAACUUUCCCAGGAAUACGUCCCCAGUCUCCAGUGAGAGUGACACAGAUACAGCCAGCCCUGUCCUAAACACCAAACACAAACAUGACCGACCAGGUGACCCGUACAGUGUGCGUCUGCUGAGGAGUGGCAGCCUUGAAGUGAGCACACAGACAGAAAAAGUGUUCCACAUGAAUGAUCCCAAAUCAGGCAAGCAUGACAAGACUGAGGGAAUCAAUCCCUGGAGCCUUAAGUGCCACAAACGCCAGCUGUCCAAGAUGAGGCGUAUCACACAGGGAGCUGGGUCCUUUACUAGCAAGUUUAUAUUGCUGGAGAACGUUGCAGCCCAGUGUGACUACCCCUGUAUCCUUGACCUGAAGAUGGGCACACGCCAACACGGAGAUGAUGUCCCAGAGGCCAAGAAACAGAGUCACAUCAGAAAAUGUGAACAGUCCACCUCCAGUGUCCUUGGUGUUCGCAUCUGUGGCAUGCAGGUAUACCAGGCCAGCACUCAGAAAUACAUCUGUCACAACAAGUAUUACGGGCGUAGUCUGUCAGUUGAGGGGUUCAAACAGGCCCUGUGUCAGUUCUUAAACAACGGCAACCAACUGCGGACAGAACUUGUGCAUGAGAUUGUAAAACGCCUACAGGAAUUACACCAGAACGUGACAGAGCAGGACACAUUCCGCUUCUACUCCAGUUCCCUUCUCAUUAUGUAUGAUGGUGUGAUGGGCAAUGGGAACACAGCAUCUAGCAGUAGACAAGGGCGGUCCCAGUCAGCCAGAGAGAGGGACCUCGAACAUGAAGACAGUGACAGUAACGCAAGCUCUGUGUCGGAGGGAGACAAGCCCUCUAACAGUCACUUCUUGUGUGAUAGACGAGUCCCAAAUGUGGACGUGAAGAUGAUAGACUUCGCACAUAGUACACACAGUGGCUUUCAGGGCGACAAAACAGUCCACAAAGGGCCAGAUCAGGGCUAUCUCCUGGGCCUUGCAAGUCUCAUCAAACUGUUUAAUGAAAUUGUGGAUCGGCCACACCUGCCAUAAUGACCGCUGUGCUGUGAAUAUUGACACACGUUGUUGAAUUUUGUUUGUAACUUUUAAGACUAUGAUACCUCAGGCAAAAAACACUGGACAUUUCCAAUGGCAGUCUGUCUCCGUCUACACCGAGGUGUUUAGGUGUCUCUACCUAGGGAAGGGGUGAACUAUGGGGUCAUCUAUGGUUCUGUGUCCAUAUAUCAUUACAGGGUCAUCCAUGUAUAUAAUUUUUAAUUUCUAUAUACUUGAUCAGAAGAUGUCAUGCAUUUCUGUCACAAACAAUAUUUGCUUAUAAAGAUCUGCAUAACAUUACUUUUGAUGACAAUGUAAUACCGUCUCAGCAGAUGUUAAACAAUGGAGACUUUAUCCAUUGUCUUCUCAUACACAUGUUGGCCUAACUUCUGAUAUAGACUUUUGUUGCAUUUAGAACAUUUAUGAUUUUAUUAGCCUUGUUAGGAGUUUUACAUAGGCACCUGUAUUGGAAAUCAGUUUAACAUAGGCUUUGUUUGCUUUAUUUUACAGAGAAUAUCAUUUGUAUGUUUAAAUAUCCCUUGAUAAGAGCUGUGAGUAGUUAUUUUAAUUUUUGCAAAAUUUUCAUAUUAAUAUGAUAGAUUCACAUUAAAUUAUCUGCCUUGAUAUUAGAUCAUUUUAAUGUGCAGUACAUGUACAUCUGUUAGUGUCAGUUAUUGAUUGCGUACUUUACUAACAUGACAAUAUGUGGACUAUGAUUGAUUGAUUUGCCUCAUUAAUAAGUUUUAUGAAUUUUUCCAACACAUUUUUAUAUGCCAAUGAUAUGUAACUGUUCAUCUAUCAUUUAAAUUGUUUUAAUAGACAUUGUUAUGGACAAUUGAUAUUUCUUCAAUAUGUUUAUGUAGUUUCACAAGGGUAUUUAUUUAUCAGAAGUCUGAGUGAUGUCUUCUGUUGGCCUUAAGGUUAGAAUGAUAGCCUAAGUAGGUAUAAAGGUCAAGGUAGUGAUCUCUGUAGGUUAGCUCAAGGUCAUCCUCCAAAGGUUAAGGUCAGGGUCACCCUUAGAAGGUGAAGGUCAGAAUGCUGACUUGAGUGUAUUUGAAGGUCAGAGUGGAAAGAGAUAUGUUGUUUUAUUCACCUGACGUUAGUCCUGUUCCUUGAGGGCAAAAGUAUUCAUGGUGGCCUUAGGGUGAAGGUCAAGGUUGCAGCCUCAGUAGUUAGGAAGGUCAAUGUGAUGAUCUCAAGGUCAUGGCAUUAGAAAUAAAGUUCAAGGUGAUGACCUCAGUAGGUGUGAAGUUCAAGGUGAUGACCUCAGUAGGUAUUUAGUUCAAUGUGAAGUAUGAAGGUCAAGGUGGUGAUCUUACAUUGUAUGUGUAUACAGAGGUGCAAUAUACAUUGUGCAGAUAUUAUAUUUACUUAGCCAUGCUCGACCAGUUUACUUUAUAUAUAUAUGCCAACCAUGCUCGACCAGUUUACACUAUAUAUAUGACAGCCUUACAAUGUUGAAUGAUGUUGUAAUGAACAUGUUUAUACAUCUCAAGAAUCUUUUAUAUAAUGCUGUUGAACAUUUUUUUAAAUGUCUCUCUUAUUUGAUUUAAAAUAGACCCUGGUCCCAGUCUCUGAAUCAUCCCUUAACUUAAGCAGGUUCCGUAACUUAAUAUUUCCCAUAGGACAGCAUUUCUUAGGUAAGUGAAUCUUUUUUCUUAAACUCAAAAUGCUUCCAGAUGGAAAAUGAAAGAAAUUUUCCUAGAUUAGGGAUUGUUUUUGAAACUGGGGCUUGUAGUAUCAUAUUUGUAUCUCAUUUCAUACCCUUUACUGUAAUAUAUGGCAUAUUCUUCACUGAUUCAAGUAUUUAUACAUAAAAAAAUACCGGUAUAUAUAUAUAUAUAUAAGGUCAUCAUCUCGUACUAAAUCAUACAUUGAUACAUUGUCGGUCACAGAUAACAUAUUGACAUCCCUACUUUGUUUAUCAGUUACAGGAGUUGUGUUGAUGUUGUUUAUUAAUUGUGUCCAGUUGCUUGUUAGGUUAAUUGUUGUUUCAGUAAAGUUGUGUUGAAGUUUCACUCUGUAUCAUCCAACGUGGAUCUAAGCGUCGUGACAAGAUACAAGAAAUUGUGUUUGUACGUGUAGUUACUGAUAGGUGUCUCACCAGUUCCACACAACACUUAACAUAUAAUCUGAUGUUUAUUGUGUUACCGAUUAAAAGGCUUUAAAUAUUAAUUAAAAUAAUGUCUGUGACAUUGUAAUUGUUUCAAAGAGAAUAACAAAAAUGAUAUUUUACUGUGCCCUGUGAACAUGAACAUUGUCAUACUCAACUUUAUGUAUUCGACUUGUAUUUAUAUAUUAUGUUGACAUAUGUAUUAAUAUAUCAUUUAGACAAAUGUAUUGAUAUAUUAUGUUGACAUGUGUUGAUAUAUUAUGUUGACAUAUGUGUUGAUAUAUUAUGUUGACAUAAGUGUUGAUAUAUUAUGAGGACAUAUGUGUUGAUAUAUUAUGUUGACAUAAGUGUUGAUAUAUUAUGUUGACAUAUGUGUUGAUAUAUUUUGUUGACAUAUGUGUUGAUAUAUUAUGAGGACAUAUGUGUUGAUAUAUUAUGUUGACAUAUAUGUGUUGAUAUAUUAUGAGGACAUAUGUGUUGAUAUAUUAUGAGGACAUAUGUGUUGAUGUAUGAUGUGGACAUAUAUUAUUUUAGGUUAUAAUUUUUAUGCAGCUACAUGGACAUUAAGGCGCUAUGAAAGUUAAUGUGUGGAAUCUGUCCCCCACGAUUAUAAUGAUACAUAAAGUGACAUGUUGCUGCAGAAACAAUAAUCACAGGUCUAUCCCAUCUCCCAUUGAUAACAUUGACCAACCAGUACAUCUUUAUAACAGGGCAGCAAUUAUGCAUUGGAUCAGUAAAUAUUGAUAUACACAAAAUCUCAGAUUUUUGACGAUUUUUCACCCUGUCUAAA